AUGAAUCCCAGCCAUGUCAUCAAGCUUGAUCUCCGACAGCACCCUUCUAAUUAUAUCUCUGAUUAUUAUGACUUGCCACCAAGUAAAGUGGUGGCAUUUAUGCUCACUAAUCUGCCUCAUUAUCUCAACUUCACAUCUCUUCGUGUGCUUGAUCUUUCUUACAAUUCUGACCUGAACAUCACUCUGUUUCAAUGGUUGUUCAAUCUCACUAGCCUUGUUUAUCUUGAUCUUUCUCGUUGUGCUUUGUAUGGCAAGUUACCAGUCACAGUUGGUAACUUGAGUCGCUUGAGAGUCUUCAGCUUGUCAGAUAACUCUUUUGGUGGAGUGAUUCCAGAGUCCUUUGGAAAUCUUGGUAGCUUGGAGAAACUUGAUUUGUCAAACAAUAAAUUCAUUGGAAGCAUUUCGGAAGCUCUGAGCAAUCUUACAAAUUUAGUGCACUUUGAUUUGUCUUUUAAUAUGAUCGUAAAGUUGCCAGAAAGCAUCGGGAUGUUGCAAAAGUUGGUGUCCUUUGAUUUGUUUGAAAACCAAGUUCAGGGAUUGAUGCCUGCAAGCAUUGGCAAUCUAAGAAACCUACAAUACUUGGAUUUGUCAUGGAAUAUGAUCAGUGGAGCCAUUCCUGAAUCCUUGGGCAAUCUCACACUUUUACAGCAUUUUAAUGGCGCUGAAAAUUAUCUCAGCGGAAAAUUGCCUGAAACAAUAGCGAAUUUUGUUCACCUUCAGUUCAUAGAUUUGUCUCAAAAUGAGAUAAGUGGAAAGUUACCAGAAGGUUAUGGAAAUCUUAGCCAAUUGCAGCAGUUGAGAAUGCAGGGCAAUGGCAUCAUGGGGGGAUUACCAGAAUAUGUAGGAAAGCUGUCUAGCUUGUUGGAGCUUGAUUUAUCCAACAACAACAUCAACGGAACAUUGCCAAAAGUCAUGGGGAGCUUAUGCAAGUUACAGAUCUUGGAUUUAAGUAGCAAUAUGUUCAGUGGAGGCAUUGAUGGCCUUGUUGAUGGAUUGUCUAAAUGCAGGGAGAGCAAGUAUGGUUCUGCUUCGGAAAAUUGGGAGGGUCUACAAACUUUGAAUCUGGGAAACAAUAAGCUGAAUGGAACAGUUCCAGAGAACAUAGGCCAAUUAUCUAAGCUAGAUUCCCUAGAUCUCUCUUCAAAUUCUUUGAAGGGUGUCUUAACUGAAUCUCAUUUUGCUAGUCUAGUAAGCUUGGCAGUUUUGGACUUGUCCUACAACUCGUUGCAAUUGAAUGUAAGUGAGAAUUGGGAGCCUCCUUUUUCUUGCUUGGCCAUCCGUAUGUGUUCUGUCAAAGUAGGGCAUGUUUUUCCCACUUGGCUAAAAACUCAGAAAUAUUUGAGUUACCUUUGCUUAUCAGAUGCAGGAAUUUCAGGCAACAUCCCUGCAUGGUUAGGAUCUCUAAGUCUCGCCUCUGGCUAUGUUCUCAAUCUAUCAAAUAACAAUUUCGAGGGGAGGCUACCAACUUCUUUGAAAAAUUACACUUUCUAUAGCAUAGAUUUGAGUUCAAACAGAUUUGAAGGCCCAUUACCUGAGCUUGAUCCCUCCUUUUUGCUUGUUAUCUAUCUCAACAACAACUCGUUCUCUGGGUCUAUUCCAUCUUACUUUGCUAAUGCUUCUUAUAUUCAAGUUUUCUCUAUAUCUGAUAAUCAUAUCAAUGGCAAUAUUCCAUCGUUCUUCUGUAACCUUACUACCUUGGAAUUGCUUGAUAUAUCUAAUAAUGAUAUGUCUGGAGGACUUCCCAAUUGUUGGAAUUCAACAUCAGCAUUGGAAAUUAUUAAUUUAUCUGACAAUAAUUUCAAUGGUAAAAUUCCUGAUGGCCUUGUGUCCUUGACCAAUCUCCGAUCCUUACAUUUGAGAAACAAUGAAUUCUCUGGAGAUCUCCCCUUGUCCUUGAAAAUGGCCAAAAAAUUGGUCACUCUUGACAUUAGUGAGAACAAACUCUCAGGUAGCAUACCAAUAUGGAUAGGAGAAAACCUUUCAUCUUUAAUUGUGCUUUGCUUGAGAUCAAAUUUAUUACAUGGCAUCAUUCCAUCACAAUUAGCAAAACUUUCCUCUCUUCAGAUUCUGGACCUUGCACACAACAACCUAUCAGGUUGCAUUCCUCAUUCUUUUGGUGAUUUCAAAGCCAUGAAUCUCUGUUGA